GCCACAGCGUGUGAUGAUUGAGAGAUUGCUCGGUUUGCACGCAGACUAGGCGCUGUCGUGCCACUCGGCUUUCCUCCAUGAUGCCAUCCGUGGAUGAUGGCUGGGAGGCACUUGGCAUCAUCACUCCAUCAUGAUCAACACAUCUUCAUGGAAAGACGCGCGGACAGUCGGGUGUUGACAUCAGACGUCCAAGUAUGGACUGCGCCUGAACGUGGUGCCGCAUGUCUUGUAGUAUGUAUACCCGUACGGCAUGUACAUGACAGUAUAUGGCACGACCAGGAAGGGAUCCAAACCAGACCGCGCAUCGCUCGUAUGGCGAUGGAAGAUCAAAUGACAAUCUGUUCGCCUCAGGCCUCACUAUGCUCUGCCGUUAUGCAACCGCUAUUGGAAUUCUGGGCGGGAAAGCGAGAUUGGAUGAGAAACUCCGCGGCCGUUCCCUGCUGCAACGUCGAGUACCCUCACGUACCCAUCCAUCUUUCUUUCUGACCGCAGGUGCGUGCACAAUCCUACUACUGUCUGUGCUGUUGGCUGCAAG